UCGUGAAUUGGCUCUGGUUAGCUGGUUGUCAUCCGUUUGGACCAUUCUCCAAUACUUCCCAGAUGAGUCAAAUGCUCCAGGAUGUUGCCUUGAGGAACACGAUAUACGCUCGUGUAGAUUCUGCACUACACAGAAUUCGGGAUACAUCAGAGUAUGUACAAACUUUUGCUGCUGAAUAUCUGAAAACCCCACUUAGUGAACCAGUCAAGGGCAAGAAAAAUAAGUCGAGCACUGAGCUAUGGUUGGAAAAGUUCUACAAGAAGAAAACUAACUUGCCUGAACCUUUACCUCACGAAUUAGUUGAAAGACUAGAGAAAUUCUUGGAUAACCUUGAGGAAGAACUUGUAGAUCUAUCAUACCUGUUAUACGAUCAUCGGUUACAAGAUGCACACCUGAACAGCUCAUAAAUUUUACAAAGCACUAUCUACACCCAACA